CAUGAAAAUAAACAGUGGAAGUCUACAUCUCGUUGCGUUUACUGUUUGUCAAAUCUCAUCCAACGAUUGGAAAAUUGCGGCGUGAUGUGUCAAUGAAUGAUCCUUCAAACUAAAAUUACAGGACUUUUCGCACUAAUUUCUGUUUCAUUGUAAGAAAAAUAUUUAGAAAUUACUGUGAUGAGUUUACCGGCUCUACCACGUGUUUUGGUGACGAGCAAUGAUGUUCCUGCUCCCGGUAUCGAUUUGCUUCACACAAAAUGUAACGUCACUAUUAUACCAGCAGGCAUAAGCACUCGAGAACAAGUGUUGCAAGCUCUUCCUGGACAUGAUGCUGUAUUUCUCGCUAGUCAUCAUAUUGUCAACAACGAGUUCCUCGAUGUUGCCGGACCAAAUUUAAAAGUCGUGUCGACAAUGUCGGCCGGAUACGAUCAUUUAGAUGUUCCAGAAAUUAAAAGGAGAGGAAUCAAAGUCGGGCACACACCGAUGGUACUAUCCGCUGCAGUGGCAGAAAUUGCGGUGCUCUUAAUAUUAUCCGCGGCAAGACGCGCCCAUGAGGGUCGCAUGAAACUGGAAGAAGGUGAGCCAAGAUUGGGACCACAAUGGAUGCUGGGACAAGAUUUACGAGGUUCUACAGUUGGCAUCUUCGGCCUGGGAAAUAUUGGCCAAGCAAUAGUUAAACGAUUAAUGGGGUUCGAAGUAGGGCGUUUCAUUUAUACCGGACAUUCGCGCAAGAAAGCAGGUGAUGAACUUGGGGCAACGUUUGUAUCUCUGGAUGAGCUUCUAAAACAGAGUGAUUUUAUCGUAAUCUCAGCAACUCUAAAUAACGAAACUCGAGGACUUUUUGAUGACAAAACUUUUGAUAAGAUGAAGAAAACAGCCAUCUUCGUAAAUGUGUCUCGUGGUCAAAUUGUCAAUACCAAUUCACUUGUGAAAGCUCUUCGUAAUAAGAAGAUAUUCGCUGCCGGAUUAGACGUUACCGAACCAGAACCAGUACCACCGGAACAUGAACUUUUAAAACUACCUAAUGUCGCAAUUACGCCACAUAUAGGUAGCGCGACAAUCAAGACCCGUAACGAUAUGUCGAUAAUCGCUGCGCAAAACAUUCUUAAUGGCCUUGAGAAUAAGCCUUUGGUUUAUUCUUUAUAGCAGCUCAUUUUUCUUGUGUUGUGCAUUUCUUACAUUAAUUAAUUAAUUAAUUAAAAAAUAUUACUAAAAAUGUAUGAUCAUUCAUGAUGUAACAAGAUCCUCUUUGAUUCUUCAAAUUACACAAAUAUAAUCACUCGGCAAAUCCUAAUCUCAAUUUAAUUAUUUUUAUACAAUCAAAAUUAAUUUAUUCAUUAAAUUUUAUUAUUCAUUAAACUGUACUGAUUAAAGCUCCUGACUAGUCGCCGCGGUCAUAUUGGAUCGUGAUGUCAAGUGAGAAAUGAUACGUUGAAAUUUCUUACCUUUUUUUUAUAAAUAGAGAAUUUGGAUAAAACAAAAUUAUGAGACUGUUUUUUUUAAAAAUGGAUUGUAGCUAGUCAGAAGCUUCGAUCCUUAAGUAAGUGCAGGGUGGGGGUUACAGCCACUGCUUCUUUUCUUCUCCUGGAUGGAUUCCAGUUUUAAAAGGAGUCACAGUAUCAUGAAUAAAAAA